AUGACUUCGGCAAGCGCCAUAACAAGACGCACACCCUGUGCAGACGUUGCGGCCGUCGCUCUCUCCACAUCCAAAAGCACACAUGUUCAUCUUGCGGAUAUCCAUCCGCUAAGACUCGGAAAUACAACUGGGCUGAAAAGUCUUUGCGACGAAGAACCACCGGAAGUGGACGCAUGCGAUAUCUCAAAACGGUCGACCGCAAAUUCAAGAACGGGUUCCAAACCGGUACUCCCAAGGGAGCUCGAGGGCCAGAGAAGCAUUAAGGUCAUGUGUGGGUUGAAAAGACGGCUUCCAACGACAAUUCGGGCUAAGGGUUGAAUUAUUAUUUUCCUUUUCCUUGUGGAUGGCCGGGUUGAUUUCUUGUAACGGCUCAGGGGUGUUUUAACUGUUAUUUUUUUUGUUAGCGUGCUAUCAACAUUCGAAAAAAAGAGAAACAACCUAUUUGGCCCAAUGGGAAAUCGCGGGGAUAGAAAAGGAACGUGGCAUGCGCCUUGUGCAUGACUAGUUUAAUGACAUGAUGUCUGCCGUCAAUGUGUUUCUUUUAACAUCAACAAUUCUUGUUAGACUUGGAACUUUUUAAGUUGCCCCCUACAUGCUAUUCCGCAAUCGGUCCGCUUCAUUGGCCCUCUUUCCUUCUCCAACGGUUUUAUG